AAAGCUGCUCCCCUUUCGGAGAAGAGAGCGUGGUAAAACCCUUCCUUCCACUUCGCUUGACCCAAUCGACGAUCAUCUCGGCCUCCAUGGCAGGAAUUAGUCGCUUGGGUGAUGCCGCCGGAUCCCUCGCCCGUAGGAUCUUCCCGACCCCGUCUCAUCGCCGGUCCUUCGCCGCCGCGGCGUUGGCGGAGAUGGACUACUGGACGGAGUGGGAGGAGGAGGAGGAGCUUGGUCGGCACGCUUCCAUGGUGGCAGCGGAGACGUGUAGGGAAAGGCGCACUAGGGGGUUGCAGUGGGUGUUCAUGGGGAUCCCCGGGGUGCAGAGGAGCGGGUACGCGACGCGCGUGGCGAAGCUACUCGACGUGCCUUAUAUCUCCAUGGGUUCACUCGUCCGCCAGGAGCUGCAUCCUAAUUCCUCCCUCUACAAGAUGAUUGUGAAUGCCAUGAAUGAUGGAAAACUAGUGCCAGAAGAGAUUAUAUUCGGGAUAUUAUCAAAAAGACUUGAGGACGGAUACCAGAGGGGUGAUUCUGGAUUCAUUCUCGAUGGAAUCCCUCGAACAAGGACGCAAGCUGAGAUCCUUGAUCAAAUAGCUGAUAUUGAUCUGGUAGUAAACUUAAAAUGUGUUCAAGACUGCUUUGUGAAGAAACACUUCGGUGCUGAUAUUUGUUCACACUGUGGGAAGACAUCUGAUGCUAUCAAAUUGGAAUCAACACGCAAAAAUCCAUGCUUGGAUACAUGUACAUGCCAUGUUCAACUUAACUCAUCUUCUGCAGUAGAUAUGAAAAAUCACAGAAUAGAGAAAUCUCUUGUCUACACCCAGCAGAUCCAUCUGUUGGAAGACUACUAUAGGAAGCAGAAGAAACUUUUGGAUGUCCAAGUGAUUGGUAGCCCAGGCCAAACCUGGCAGGGGCUUUUGGCUGCACUAAAUCUGCAGCAUAUGGACACUGCCUCUCCUUCCCAGAAGCUCACAGUAUGAACUUACCACCAAAAAGAUAUAAUAACACUAAGAUUCAUACUAGUGGCAUGGUUUUAGCAAGAGUUUGAGUGUCUCUAUCGUGUAACGAUGCAGUUUUGUAGAUGAAUGCAUUGUAAUGUCACCCGAGAAAUGUAGUUUCUGUCGAGAAAGCCAGACUUUCUUAUUUUCUCUCGUUCGAUACGGUAUCGUCGGUAUCUUUGUAAUGCCUACGGCUGUUGCUAACUGAAAAUGUGGAUGUAACUUUUGUUUGUUCGUUAAGAUCUGCCAUGGGAGUUACUGGA